AUGUCGGAACACGAUUCUAACGUGCCGGAGCCAACGGUAAAGGAUUUAGGCCAAGAUUCUGGUUCUGAAGUCAUUCAAACUGAAAGUUACUGCCUGAAUUGUCACGAAAAUGGAAUGACCCGUCUUCUUGUUACUCGCAUUCCGUUUUUUCGUGAAGUUGUAAUAUCUUCAUUUGAGUGUGGGAACUGUGGCUUUAAGAAUAACUCGGUAGAUCCUGCAGCUCCUAUUCAAGACAUGGGCAAAAUAUUCACAAUCGAUGUACGUUGUCCCAAAGAUCUUAAUCGUCGUGUUAUUCAACCAUGUUUUGCUGAAAUUCGCAUUCCGUCUCUCGACUCCUCUUUUCCCAGCCGCGAAUCUGUGCUCACGACAAUUGAGGGAAUCAUAACUGGCAUAAUUGAAAAGCUUGAAAUACUUCAAUCACAAAGACGGAUUGCUGAUCCUAAACAAGCUGAAGCGAUAGACGUAUUUAUUGGAAAGCUUCGUGAUCUCCUUACGCUUCAGACACCAUUUACAUUGGAGAUGGAUGAUCCAUCUGGAAAUGGGUUUAUUGAGAAUCUGCACGUUCCUCUUGAUGACCCACAAAUUAAGUGUAUCAGUUACAAGCGUACGCCCGAGCAGAAUAAACUUCUAGGUUACCAAGACAGCGAUGAUAUCAGUGCUAUAGAUUCCGAUGACGAGCCCGAAGAUUUAAAGAACUCUGUCUCUACUUUUCACUCUAAUUGUCCAAAUUGCCAUUCUAGUUGCCCCACCAACAUGAAAGUUAUUGAUAUUCCCCACUUCCAGGAGGUUGUUUUGAUGUCAAUUAACUGUUCUCUAUGUGGUUAUCGUAAUAACGAAGUGAAGUCAGUGGCAGGGAUAGCAGAUUAUGGAAAACGUUUCACCCUCCUCAUUGCUGACAUUGAGGACAUGUCCCGCGAUAUUCUCAAAUCCGACACUGCUCGAGUUGCCAUUCCCGAAUUAGAGCUUGACACUGCUACUGGUACUCUGGGAGGUCGAUUCACCACUGUCGAAGGCCUUUUGGUUCUUAUCAAGGAUCAGCUGAAGUCAAUGAAUCCUCUGAUGUUUGGUGACAGUGCUUCUCGAGAAGAAAAAAUGGGUUAUCUUAACACCACCUGCGACAAAAUUGAUGAGGUUCUUGCUUUGUCCCGGAAGGAUGUUCAUCUCGUGUUGGAUGACCCAACAGGAAAUAGUUAUCUUCAGAGUCUCGAUCCUGAAGGCGUGGACGAGCGUUUGGUAGUUGAGGAGUAUACGCGAACAAGAGAACAAGAUGAAGAAUUGGGAAUGUUAGAUAUGAACACGGAAAAUUACACUUCAUAG